CACCACGUGCACGCAAUAUGGUGACGCGACACGGCAGCCCGAGGCGAGCCACGAAUGCGCCAGACCUGACUUGCAGCGCACUUGCUGUCCGCAUCCAUCCUCGAGGCUACGCCCUCCAACGCCCGCCAUGUCUCUCAUAAUCACCAUCUUCGCCCUUGUCUUUGUAACAGAGCUGAUCUCGUGGAUCGGCAAGUCUGUAUUACUUGAAUUCGCUUAUGCGAUAUAUCUGCGGAUAUUCUACUCGAGCGCAGUGACGCGCCAACGAAAACUCAAGUCGGAGAUACUUGUAGCGAAGAAGGAGCUGCUGCAGACGAGUGCGCAGGACCAGUUUGCGAAGUGGGCAAAGCUGAGGCGGGGCGUGGACAAGGGGCUGGCAGACCUAGAGAAGCUCAAUAGCGAACUGUCCUCAGCGAGGUCAUCCUUCUCGCUCAAAUUCAACACCGCCGUCUGGUUCCUGACGGCAGGCCUCCAGUUCUUCGUCGGCUGGUGGUACCGGAAAUCCGCCGUGUUCUAUCUUCCGCCAGGGUGGUUCGGGCCCCUCACCUGGUGGCUGGCAUUCCCGUUCGCGCCUACGGGCUCGGUGAGCUGCGGGGUGUGGCAGAUGGCGUGUAGGCGCGUUAUCAAGGUGGGCGAGCGGGUGGCGAAGGAGCUGGCUACAGGCACAGAGUCUGAGCCGGUUCCGUCGGAACGGAAGGAGAAAGCAGAGUAGCUCGACCCCGCGUCGGAUAGGAUCCGGGCUGUGGGGUAGCCUUGGCUAUGAUGUAUAGUUAGAGAGGCCGGUGUAUGGAUGCUCGUUUAUCCUGAUGCUGAGGCCGUUUGGCGAACGGAGUGGCCCCGUGGUGGGUGCCACAAGGAAGAGCGAGGCCCCUCGGUGCUCUCGUGAGUGCGAAGAGCGGGAGGAUCAUGCAGUGGACGAAAGGAGCCUAGCGGCGAGGCGCAGAUCCCCGCGAGAGUCCGAAGUUGAAGCCGAGGUGUGUGGCUGGGCACGGAAUCAGCCCUCCGUCCGCGCGCAACCCCGCCCGCCUGCCCGGGUACGCACUCGCCGAGGACGACGCACGUUGGCGCGCGGAACGGAAGGCUGGAGGGGCGAAGGCGGCGGGACUCCGGGGGACGCACGGAAAGGGAAGACGCCCCCGGGGUCCGCCCCCCACGUGAAAUGGGCGGAAGACAUGACGUGCACCCUCC